GUUCCUAUUACCUCAUUGUUCACUCCGCGCUCGAGAUCCUAUUUCGAUUAUCGAUUUUAAUAAUCGAUAUAAAAUUAAAUUCUUUCUUAAGUGCCACUUGUGAUUGGUUACAAAGUUUUAAUAUUUACAGUGAAUAUUUUAAAAGGUUGUACAGAAUGCCGAUCGCUAGCCCAGUGGUGUUUGGCAGUAACGAGAAAUGGCGCAUCAAUCGGAACAUCUUAGUGCUUGGUUUUGCGUUUAUGGUGCAGUUCACUGCGUUCCACGGCGCCGCCAACCUCCAGAGCUCUGUCAACAGUGACGCUGGCGCGGGCACAUUUACGCUCGCAGCGAUAUAUUUCUCACUUAUCUUGUCGAAUAUCUUCCUCCCAGCGAUUGUUAUCAAAUGGCUGGGUUGCAAAUGGACAAUAGCUCUGUCGUUCAUAGCGUACAUGCCGUUUAUAGCGGCGCAGUUUUAUCCCAGACUCUAUACACUAGUGCCUGCUGGACUUAUGGUCGGUUUCGGCGGGGGACCGCUCUGGUGUGCCAAGUGUACAUACCUUGCUGUGGUUGCAGAACCGUAUGCAAAACUGUCGGGAAUUUCAGCGGAUGUGCUGGUCGUUAGGUUUUUCGGUUUAUUCUUCAUGUUCUACCAAAUGGCACAGAUCUGGGGAAACCUUGUUUCGUCAGCAAUUUUAUCGUCUUCUCUGGGCGAGACGGUGACCUACCUGAAUGAUACGCUUGUGUCAAGUACAUCAGAUCUGGUCAGCAAUAUCUCACUACCAACUGUGGACUUCGGAGCCACGUGUGGUGUCAACUUUUGCAGCGGCUCUACUGGACAUGAAAACAGAAACCUUGAACCACCAUCGCCUCUGAAAAUCCAAGUGAUCGCAGCGGUGUACUUAGCCUGUAUGGCCUUCGCUGUAAUCCUGGUGUUUGUUGGCGUUGACUCCUUAAAAAGGUACAGCGGUGACCGACCGGGGGUGAGUAAAGGCAAGUCGGGUCUAGUACUGCUGGCGGUGACGCUGCGGCAGCUUCGCCAUCGGUAUCAGCUGCUGCUGCUGCCUGUAAUCGGGUAUAUUGGCGCGGAGCAGGCAUUCAUGGCGGCGGACUUUACGCAGGCUUUUGUGGGAUGUGCAUACGGGAUUAGUAACAUCGGGUUCGUGAUGAUCUGUUUCGGCGUGUUCAAUGCGCUGGCCGCCCCGCUCGCCGGCGCUAUUGUCAAGAUCACCGGCAGAUAUCCCGUCAUGCUUACCGCCUUGGUUCUAAACCUAUGCCUGUUAAGCGCAUUGUUACUGUGGCGGCCCAGCCCUGACCAGUGGCUUGUAUUCUUCGUGCUCGCCGCUAUCUGGGGGGCAGCUGAUGCAGUGUGGCUCGUGCAAGUAAAUGCACUAUCCGGGAUCCUGUUUCCUGGUGACGAAGAAGCCGCCUUCUCUAACUUCAGGCUCUGGGAGUCCACUGGCAGCGUGUUGUCUUACGCUUCAGCCCCUUACCUCUGUGUUAGGACGAGGCUGUUCGUCUUGCUAGGUCUACUUAUACUGGGAUUCUCUGGCUACACGAUAAUAGAAGUCAUGGAAUACAAAGUAAAGAAGACUCAUCACCGCGAAAGGAACUUCGAACUUGUUACUGAAAAGAACGAACGAGAGUAGAGAUUUGUAUCAAAAGUAUGAGCAAAUAUUUAUUUUAACGAAAUAUACGUAAUGCUGCAGGCGUUUGGAAAUGUUAAAAAGGUUCGCUUUAUUUAGGAUGUAUUCACAGCUACCAAAUAAAUUUUGCUGUACUUGUUUGGUCAGGCGCUAAAGUUUGUUGUAAGAAACCAAUUUAUUAAAGCGGGCGCACACUUUUGACUAAACUAUUGCACAAGUGUGUGUUGUCGAUUGUUUUGCAGCCAAUUUAACAGUUU